GCUAAAGCUAACCCGAGCUAACCCGAGCUAACCCGAGCUAACCCGAGCUAACCCGGGACAAGUGCGGGGGUUGAGCCGCGCUCAGACUCGGGGACAUGGCGCAAGUGAAGCUGGAGGAGCCGCAGGAGCCGCAGGAGCCGCAGGAGCCGCGGAGGAGCCCGGGUUGGGAGCCGCUCGGUCUCAAAGAGGAGCCGGAGUCGAGCGUCAAACAGGAGCCCCAGGACUUCCCUUUCCACAUGGUCACGGUCAAAACCGAAGAAGAAGAAGACGACGAAGACAAGUCCUCUGCGCUUCACCAAACGGCGUCCGAGGAGCCCAGAGAGGAACCCAACGGAGAGUGUGGAGCCGACAGUGAGGAGCAGACGGACAGCUCUGAGGACACUGACCGCUCAGAAGACUACAGUCCAGACCAGGCUCCGGCCUCCAGACGCUUCACUCAGACUCCUCCUGACAGACCCUUCAGCUGCUCAGACCAGAGACCCUUCAGCUGCUCUGAGUGCGGGAAAACGUUCCGGUGGAAAGCCGAGCUGAAGAGACACAUGUUGGUUCACUCGGAGGAGCGACCUUACAGCUGUUCUUUCUGUGAGACGCGUUUCAAACACAAACCCGCUUUCGUUCGUCAUCGGCGUUUUCGGCACCACGUCUGCCCCGUUUGCGAGCAGGGGCUCCCGGACAAGACCCGGCUCAACGAACACCUGCAGGGUCACGUGGAGGAGGGGGCCGUGGACCAGGCGCUGCUCAGGUCCCACCGCUGCUCUGAGUGCGGCAAAGACUUUACCAAUGUGUCUGAUUUAAAGCGGCACACGCUGGUGCACACAGGGGAGAGACCUUACAGGUGUUCGGUCUGUGAGAAGAGCUUUAAACAGAAUUCUCAGCUGGAGCGACACGUGUGGCUGCAGCAUCACGUCUGCCUCGUCUGCGAGCGACGUUUCACCGACAAACUCCUUCUGAACGAACACCUGCAGGGUCACGUGGAGGAAGGGACUCUGGACCCGGACUCGUAUUUGAUCGACGACACGCCUUUCAGCUGUUCAGACUGCGGGAAGAAGUUCCCGCGGAACACGGACUUAAAAACGCACACGCUGGUUCACUCGGGUGAGCGGCCUCACAAAUGCUCCGUCUGUGACAAAAGCUUCAAACACAAACCGGGUCUGACUCAGCACCUGCGCCACCGUCACCACCUGUGCCCACUGUGCCGCCACCAGGCCCCAAACAAGAGCCACCUGGACGCUCACCUGCAGGCGCACGUGGACGAGGGCGCUCUGAGGCCAGCCGCGCUCAGGUCCUUCAGCUGUUCGGAGUGCGGGAAAGAGUUUGGCGAGCGGUCACAUUUACGCGUCCACGCGAUGAGCCACAGCGGCGAGAGGCCGCACGCCUGCCCCGACUGCGGCCGCCGCUUCCACAACAAACAGGGCCUCAAAAGUCACCGGGCCGUCCACAGCGACGAGCGGCCGCACACGUGUCCGUUCUGCGCCAAAGGACAUCGCCACAAGAGCGCCCUCCAGAAACACCUGCGGCUUCACUCCGGAGAAAAGCCACACGUUUGCUCCGUUUGUGCCAAAGCUUUUCGGUUAAAGACCAGUCUGACGUCGCACCUGCGCACGCACACCGGAGAGACACCUUUCAGCUGUUCAGAAUGUGACAAGAGCUUCAAACACAGCUCCAGUCUGAAGCAGCACCUGAGGAGCAUCCACCAGCCGGAGCCUCUGAAACAUGGAGACACGAGUGAAGCUGGAGGAGACGGAGCCGUGGGAGCCGCAGGAGCCGUGGGGCCCCGCGGAGGAGCGGAGGGGCCCGGGGUGAGUGGAAACACUGAGACUCUGAGGAUCCAACAUGGCGGGAGUCACGUGACUGUGGCUCUGCUCAGACUCAGGCUCCGAGUCCGGCAGGUGCAGCGGCAGGUGCAGCGGCAGGUGCAGCGGCAGGUGCAGCGGCAGGUGCAGCGGCAGGUGCAGCGGCAGGUGCAGCGGCAGGUGCAGAUUCAAACAGACGCCGAGUUUCCCCCGAACUUUCAGCGAGAGACGAUCAAAGAAACAAUUUGGGAGCCGCUCGGUCUCAAAGAGGAGCCGGAGUCGAGCGUCAAACAGGAGCCCCAGGACUUCCCUUUCCACAUGGUCACGGUCAAAACCGAAGAAGAAGACGACGAAGACAAGUCCUCUGCGCUUCACCAAACGGCGUCCGAGGAGCCCAGAGAGGAACCCAACGGAGAGUGUGGAGCCGACAGUGAGGAGCAGACGGACAGCUCUGAGGACACUGACCGCUCAGAAGACUACAGUCCAGACCAGGCUCCGGCCUCCAGACGCUUCACUCAGACUCCCCGAGACGCGCCCAAAGCCCACAGACCUUACAGCUGUUCAGAGUGCGGGAAGAGCUUCGAGUGGCGGGCUCAUCUGGGGGUGCACAUGUUGGGGCACACGGGGGAGCGUCCGCACAAAUGUCCCGUCUGCGAAAAAGCGUUCACUCAAAAAGGAACUCUGACCAAACACCUGAGGACCCAGCACCACGUCUGCACCGUGUGUUUGGCCGGUUUCCACGACGACGACGCCCUGACCGCUCACCUGCGCACGCACAUCGCCGACGGGACCCUGGAUGCGUCCGUGCUGAAGCUGCUGCGCUGCUCCGAGUGCGGGAAGGGUUUCCGCUGGAAGUCGGAUUUACACAAACACGCGCUGGUGCACAGCGGCGAGCGGCCGCACAAGUGCCCCGUCUGUGACAAAGACUUCAAACACAAAUACAAACUUCAGAAACACAUGAGGCUUCACGCCGGGGACGCGCCCGCCCACACCGAGGCGCCCGACCUCAGACCUUUCGGCUGCUCGGACUGCGGGAUGAGGUUCGCGGACAGGUCGUACUUGCGGGUGCACAGUUUGAGUCACUCCGGGGAGCGGCCGCACAAAUGCACCGUGUGCGGAAAAGGUUUUCCCGUGUCGUCCAACCUCAAGAGACACAUGUCCAUCCACACGGGACACAGGCCCCACAAGUGUCCCUUCUGUCAGAAAGGAUUUAUCGAGAAGUUUUAUCUGGACCAACACCUGAGGAUCCACUCAGGGGAGAAACCUUUCGCCUGUUCAGUUUGUGGGAAAAGUUUUAGGUUAAAAGCCGGACUCGAGAAACACAUGGGAACUCACGCGGCGGACAAACCUUUCAGGUGUUCAGUUUGUGAAAAACGUUUCAAAUAUAAAUCUGGUCUCACUCGACACCUGAGCAUGAAACACAACUCCAACAAACCCACAGAGACCACACAGGCGCUCAGUAAAGAGCCCACAGAGACCAUGCAGGCGCUCAGUAAAGGACCCACAGAGACCAUGCAGGCGCUCAGUAACGGCGGUCUAACCAAACGUGCAGCUGAACAUCUGACUCCAGAGAACCGCGAGGGGGAGCCACCUCCUCGAGUUAAAGAGGAGCCAGAGGAACAGCUGCAGGAGCUCCCUGUUGCUCCUGUCGCUCCUGUCGCUGUGAAAACUGAAGACGAUGAAGACGAGUCCCUCGAGCUUCAUCACAAACCGUCUGAGGAGACCAGAGACAAAAACGGAGAUGAGACGAGAGCAGAAGAAACCUGCAGCUCCAACUGUGAGGAACAGCUGAAGGAAGAAGAACAGCUGAAGGAGGAACAGCUGAAGGUGGAGGAGGAGCAGCUGAAGGACGAGGACGUGGAGUCAGACUGGAGCUGGGAGUGGGAGCCUCCCGUCAGAAAAACCGGGAGAAGAUCCGUUUGCACAAUGGAACCCAAACCAGAUUUUCACUUCUCGUCUUUUGCUCCUGUGAAAACUGAAGAGAACCGAGAGGAGACGAACGGAGAGAAGUGUGGAGCAGGAGCAGGAGCAGGCUGCAGCUCCGACCAGAGACCAUACAGCUGCUCCGACAGUGAGGAAGACUCUGACACUGAGGAAGACGAAGAGCGGCCUCACAAAUGCUCUUUCUGUGGGAAAUGCUUCAAAAACACCAGUCACUUUAACCAACAUCUGAAAAUCCACAGCGGAGAGAAACCUUACAGCUGUUCAGUUUGUGAGAAGGCGUUCUUACGGAGCAGGACUCUGACAGAACACCUCAGAACACACACGGGAGAGAAACCAUUCAGGUGUUCGGUUUGUAAGAACGACUUUACGUCCAAAGCCAGGAUGAAGAAGCACAUGAAGGUCCACACGGGCGAGAAACCUUUCAGCUGUCCGUUUUGUGCCAAACGUUUCGUGCAGAGGUCGUUCCUGGUGAUUCACGUGCGGCAGCACACGGGGGAGAAACCCUUCAGCUGUUCACUAUGUCACAGAUCUUACACGGACAAGAGUUCACUUCGGAAACACGCCAAAAAGCACAGGACGCUCGCCGCCGCGGACGCAACACCGACCGCGCUUCAUCCACACGCUCUGGGACCGACAGGUGAAGCUCCUGCCGGAGCUGGAGCGAUGGAGCUGGACGACAGACACAGAGGUCCUCAGGCGAGUCUAGUCACACUCAGGUCCUCAGGCGAGUCUAGUCACACUCAGGUUCUCAGAUGCGACCCGGAGCGCGACGACCCGGAGCGCGACGACCCGGAGCGCGACGACCCGGAGCGCGACGACCCGGAGCCGCUGGAGACGUCUGGAGCUUCUGGUGUUCAGUUUGCGCCCAGACUUCAGGAGGAACCAAAGACUCGAGGCGACGGUGACGAGUCGUGUCGCCCUGAGGAGCACCUGCAGGAGCCGCACGGAGCCGCGGGCUGCAGCUCAGCUCCGCCCCCCCGCCUCCACGCCCACCGCAGACCCUACAGCUGUUCAGACGGCGAGGAGCGGAGGGAAGAACGGCCCGAGGAGCGGAGGGGGGACCGGCCUCCGCGCUGGGACCCCCGCGUGGCCCCCGGGGUCCGGCCCCCUCCGGGUUCCUCCGAGACGGGGGGGAAGGAUAAACCUUUCAGGUGUUCGGAGUGCGGGAAGAGGUUUCGCUUUAACUCGGCUUUAAAGAAACACGUCCUGGUUCACACCGGAGAGAAGCCGCACUCCUGCUCCGAGUGCGGAAAAGCCUUUCAGUUCAUCUCUGACCUCCGGAAACACGUCCUGAUCCACUCGGGACAGAGACCUUACAGGUGCUCCGUCUGCGACAAGGGCUUCGUGGACGUGAGUAACUUCAGGAGACACGAGCGGAUUCACACCGGAGAAAAACCUUUCAGCUGUCCCUUCUGUGACAAAGAGUUCACUGAUAAAGGAAACGUGAAGAAGCACAUGAGGGUGCACACGGGAGAGAAACCCUUCAGUGAGAGUCCAGAGGAGCUUCACUCAGGCUCCGUCCAAACCGAGGAGGAGGAGGACAAGUCGUCUGUUCUUCAUCACAGAGAUGAGCCCGAGGACCAGAGACCAUACAGCUGUUCAGACAGCGAGGAGCAGAGGGAGGACUGGGCUCUGCAGUGGGAGCACACAGCCACAGGAGCAGAGCUGGAUCUGGACUUCUCUGUGGGGGUGAAGGGGAAGCCCUGCAGGUGUUCGUGGUGCGGGAUGGGCUUCGGGCGUUCUGCCGACUUAAAGAGACACGUGCUGAUUCACACGGGACAGAGACCUUUCAGGUGCUCAGUUUGUGACCAAAGUUUCAGACUCAAAAACAUCUUAAAGACUCACAUGAGGGUGCACACGGGGGAAAAACCUUUCGUGUGUUCAGUUUGCGAUAAGGCUUUUGCGUACAAACAGAGUUUAGAGAAACACAAAUGCGCCGACCCGACGGCGGCCGAGGAGCGGGCGGCCGUCAGACCUUUCAGCUGUUCAGUGUGCGGGAAGAGGUUUUCACGCUCUUCAAACUUAAAGACGCACAUGUUUGUUCACACGGACGAGCGUCCCCAAAAGUGCCCCGUCUGUGACAGCUCCUUUAAACAAAAGUCCAGUCUGGACCGACACCUCCGCGUCCGCCACAACCUCUGCCCCAGCCCCGCCAAAACCUGCCAGAAUCAGAGACCGGGCGGAGACGGGGCGCCGGAGCGGUCGGACGCCGCCCGGGCGCACGGGAGGAGUCUGAAGAAACACCAGUGCCCCGAGUGCGGGAAAGGCUUCGCUCGCAAAUACGUUUUACGAAACCACAUGCUGCUCCACUCGUCCGACACGUUCGCCUGCUCCGUCUGCGAACGCCGCUUCAAAAGUAAAAAGUCUCUGGCAGAACAUUUCAAGAGUCACCGUGACGACAAACCCACCACCUGCGCCAUCUGCUCCAAGACGUUUGCCAGAAACAGCCUCUUAAACAAACACCUGAAGAACCACUGGGAAGAGAAACCUUUCAGCUGCUCCGAGUGUAACAAGGGUUUUCUGUUUGAGAGUCAGUUCAAACGACACAUGAUGAUCCACACGGGCGAGAAACCUUUCAGCUGUCCCUUCUGCGACAAAGGCUUUGCCGACAAGAGCACGUUAAAGGAACACAUCGAGCUGCACACGGGGGACAAACGCUUCGUGUGCGCCGUGUGCAGCAAAGGCUACACCCAGAACACCAACCUGCGCAAACACAUGAUGAAGCACAGCGGGCUGCGACCCUACGCCUGCCCCACCUGCGGCAAACGCUUCGCCGAGAAAAGCUACGUGAGCGUCCACCUGGCCACGCACUCCCAGCACAAACCUUUCAGCUGUCCCUUCUGCGACAAAGGAUUCACCCAGAGCGGCGCCCUCAAGAAACACCUCGCCAUCCACACCGGAGACAAACCCUUCAGCUGUUCAGUCUGCAAGAAAGCCUUCGCCACUGAGGACAGACUCCGGAGACACGUCCUGAGCCACCGAGGACAGACUCCGGAGACGCGUCCUGAGCCACCGAGGACAGACUCCGGAGACGCGUCCUGAGCCACCGAGGACAGACUCCGGAGACGCGUCCUGAGCCACCGAGGACAGACUCCGGAGACGCGUCCUGAGCCACCGAGGACAGACGGGGACAGACGGGGACGGGGACAGCAGAGGGACACUUGUGACUGAAUUGUUGAAAUGUUUUGUAUUAAAGUUGUGCGUCACGUCGGCUCUUUGGACGUUUGUGUGUCCACAUUUUGUCUCACACACUGAGACACGUUGGUUUGUUUAGGAUCAAACAGAACGACUUUCACAAACACAAACGCACAAACGCACAUGACACGAGUCGCGUCACGUUUCCUUCUGACGGGAGAAAUGUUUUUGUGAUUGUGCGUCCGUUUUUUUGUGCGUCAUGAAUUUAAUUGUGAAUCGUUUUGUUUGAUUCUGGAACAACAAAUGUUUUUGUGAACGGACCAAGAUUUAUUUGAUCAUAAACGCACAAACACAAA